GGCCGCUCCACCACCGGAAUCACAACACAUGAAGCACGCGUAUUAAGUUUGCAUCGAUCUGCUGCUUUCCCAACCAAACACGUGAAUUGCCUGGGAAGAUUGGAUUUAAAUACGAACUCCAAAUUCCAAAUUUCAAUUUCCGAUACCAUUUGAUCUCAGAUUGAUUGAAUCAUGUCUUGGUUAUUCGGCUUGAACAAGGGCAACAACAGUCAGCUCCCUCCGGUGGAUGGCUUACCUGAGAGCGGUGAGCCCACGGGUCAAGGCGAUGCGGGAGCGGCGGGUAGUGGGCGUGGAGGCCCAGUCGAUUCGGGUUACCGGUCAGAAGCUUAUUCGUUCGAUUCCACGGCUUUGGAACGAGCCGCCAAGGCCGCCAAGCAAUUGGAAAGUUCCAAGCACGCCACACAAGCUUUGGAGCUGUCCAAGAUGCAGGAGGUCACCCGCCAACAAGAGCAAAUGGCCAAGAUCAAGGAGUACGAAGUGGGCGUGGAGCAGAUGAAGAUCGAACAGAAGCGCGUGGAUGGCGAACAGAAGCGCAAGUACAUGGAGGAAGAGGCCAAGAUUGCCAAGCACAAGGCCGAAUAUCAAGAUCAAUUGGCCCGAAGACGUUACGAAGAUCAACUAGUACAGCAACAGAGGAUGCAGGAGCAGAACCUGCAGAAGCAAGAGGAAUCCGUGGCCAAGCAAGAGGCCAUGCGGAAGGCCACCCUCGAGCAAGAGAUGGAACUGCGGGCCCAGGCCGACAUGAAGCGAAUCCAGGCCGAAACCGCGGCCCGUGCCAAGGUUGAGCGAGAGAAUCAAGACCUCUAUCUGGAGCAGAUCCGGCUCAAGGCCAAGGAGAGUCGCACCACCAUCAUGGAGGGCAUUCAGACGGCGGGCAAUGUCUUGGGAGCCGGGGCCCAAGCCUUCCUCAAUGAUUGGGAUAAAGUGGUGGCGGCCGCUUCGGGUAUCUCGCUCCUGGCUCUCGGCGUGUACACGGCCAAACGAGGUACGGGCGUGGUGGCCGGCUACAUCGAUGCUCGCUUGGGGAAGCCCUCGUUGGUGCGCGAUACCUCCAAAUUCUCACUGUUCGAAACCGUCAAACAUCCCAUUCAAACCUCCAAAAAGAUGAUGGUGAAGCCGCAAGAUGCUCUGAGCGGCGUGGUUUUGGCGCCCCAGCUGGAAAGCCGACUCCGAGACGUGGCUUUGGCCACUAAGAACACCAAGUUGAAUCGGGGCAUGUUCCGGAACCUCCUGUUCCACGGUCCCCCCGGCACGGGUAAGACCAUGUUCGCCAAGAAACUGGCCAUGCACAGUGGGAUGGAUUACGCCGUGCUCACAGGUGGUGAUAUUGCUCCCAUGGGACGCGAUGGUGUGACCGCCAUGCACAAGGUAUUCGAUUGGGCCUCCGCCUCUCGGAAGGGUCUCAUCUUGUUCGUGGACGAGGCCGACGCGUUCCUCCGAAAACGGAGUUCUGAGCGAAUCAGUGAGGAGAUGAGGUCCACCUUGAACGCGUUUCUCUAUCGCACCGGCGAUCAGAGCGACAAGUUCAUGCUGGUUUUGGCUUCCAACACGCCCGAACAACUCGAUUGGGCCAUCAACGAUCGACUGGACGAGGUGGUGGAGUUCCCUUUGCCCGGAGAUGACGAGCGGGAGCGGUUGGUCCGACUCUACUUCGAGAAGUAUGUCCUUCAACCCGCAGCCGAGGGCAGUCGGGGCCGGCGGAUACAAGUGGAGGAGAUGGACUACGGCAAAUUGUGCUCGGACAUUGCUCAUCUGACGCGGGGCAUGAGCGGUCGAGAGAUUGCCAAACUGAGUGUGGCGUGGCAAGCUGCCGGAUACGCCUCCGAGGAUGGCGUCUUGAGUCAAGUCAUGAUCAUGGACCGAGUCGCGGACGCCGUGAGGAACCAUUCUCAGAAGCUCCAAUGGCUGUCGGAUGAGGAGAUCCGGGAGAACCGGAAUGUCGGGUACAAAUCGCGGAAAGAGGAGGAUGCCUCCAAAUCCAUGAACGUCGAGACGGGCAAGAAGUAAGGAGGGCGGGCGCUCCUGGGCGUUACCGGCACAACCAAUAUUCAUUCUGAGCAGCAUGGACCGCUGCACAAGCCAAUCCAAGAAACCACGAAACCACGACCGACGCUCCUUUUCAACGAUUUUUCUCAUUUGAAGGAGCGAUGGUCAACAGCAGCAGAGUAUUGCAUCGGGGCAAGAUUUAUUUAUAUUUGCCUGUCUGUGAUAUAUAAUACAAUGUGUUCACUAACAAUAGCUAUGACCGCACUGUCUUCGCUGAGGAAUUUUCUAAUCAAAAAAUACACUUGCGCCAUCCCUUGA